AUGGCGGGGUCUCCGGAGUCUCUUUCGGGACAGGACGUAGGGUCAUUUGCAUAUCUUACAAUUAAAGACAGAAUACCGCAGAUCUUAACUAAGGUUAUUGAUACGUUGCAUCGACAUAAAAAUGAAUUUUUUGAGAAACACGGAGAGGAAGGCACAGAAGCUGAAAAGAAAGCUAUUUCUCUUCUUUCUAAAUUACGGAACGAAUUGCAAACAGAUAAACCAAUUAUCCCUCUGGUGGAGAAAUUUGUUGAUACCGACAUAUGGAAUCAAUACUUAGAGUAUCAACAGAGUCUUAUGAAUGAAAGUGACGGAAAGCCACGGUGGUUUUACUCACCGUGGUUGUUUGUAGAGUGCUACAUGUAUCGUAGAAUUCAUGAAGCAAUUAUCCAGAGUCCACCGAUUGAUGACUUUGAUGUAUUUAAAGAAUCCAAAGAGCAGAACUUCUUUGAGUCACAGGAAUCGGUCAUGACUUUAUGUGCUUACCUGCAGGAGUCAAUGAAAGCUGUUGAAGAGCUAGGUGAAGAGCAGCUGAAAGGGGAGUUUUUUAAAUUUCUGCAGGUUUCUCUGUGGGGAAAUAAGUGUGAUCUCUCUCUGUCAGGUGGGGAAACUAGUUCUCAGAAGAACAAUUUAAUGAACUCUCUGCAAGAUCUACAGCCUUUCGUUUUAGUCAAUGACUCGGAACGUCUUUGGUCAUUGCUUAGCAAUUGCAAGAAAACGAGAGAAAAAGCAUCUGUUAGAGUGGAUAUUGUUCUGGAUAAUGCUGGGUUUGAACUUAUUACAGAUUUAGUCUUAGCUGACUUCUUACUGUCGUCUAAACUGGCUACUGAGAUCCAUUUUUAUGGAAAAAUGAUUCCAUGGUUUGUGUCAGAUACCACUAUACAUGAUUUUAAUUGGGUAAUCAAGCAAGUGAAACAUUCUAAUCAUAAGUGGACAUCCAAGUGUGGGGUUGACUGGGCAAACUAUAUUAAGAUGGGCAGGUGGGUCUACCACGACCAUCUAUUUUGGACUUUGCCUCAUGAGUACUGGGCCAUGCCUCAGGUUGCUCCUGACUUGUAUGCAGAGCUACAGAAGGCAGAUGUAAUCUUAUUCAAGGGCGAUUUGAAUUACAGGAAGUUGACGGGUGACAGGAAAUGGGCGUUUACCAUCCCCUUUCAUCAAGUUUUGAACGGCUUCCACCCUGCCCCUCUCUGCAGCUUGAGAACUUUGAAAGCUGAAAUUCAGGUUGGUCUACAGCCCGGGCAAGGUGAAGAGCUGACAGCCUCCGAGCCCAACUGGCUCACCACUGGGAAGUAUGGGAUCUUCCAGUUUGAUGGUCCACUUUGA